AUUUAAAGUUGAAGAUUUUUAGAUUCGCCGAUUAAAAACGUUACUAAGGAUUUGUUCUUAGCUUCUUUUUACUUUGAGAAAUAAACUGCAUUCACACUUAAUGUUGUAUUAUUGAAUUGCAAAAACAUGCAGCCGUUAUCACUUAACUCUAAAGGAGACAUUCAAAUUGAUAUAAACCAAGUAAGAAUCGAUAUUCUCCAUGGCAUCCGUGAAUGCACAGAUCGUGGACUUACACAAACUACUAAAUGGCUUGCCGAGCUAAAUUACUCUUUGAAGGAUCACAAAAUAACCUAUGAACAUCCUCCGACUACUAAGGAGGAAGAUGAUAUUUCGCCUGAGGAGAAAGAAGCUUACACCUUGGCCAAAACUUAUUUUGAUUGUCAAGAAUACGACAGAGCUGCUCAUUUUUUAGAAAAUUGCUUGAGUUCUAAAUGUGUAUUUCUCCAUAAAUAUUCUCAAUACAUGUCAAGUGAGAAAAAACGUUUGGACAAUGCAACAGACCUGGGCACCGAAAAUACAGAAUCAACACAAGUUUUAUUGGAUUUACUGUCAUAUUUUAAAGCAAACCGAAACAAUCUAGAUGGGUAUCUUCUGUACUUAGAGGGUGUAGUUUUGAAGAAACUUGACUUAAGGAGUCAAGCGGUGACAGUGCUGCAGGCUGCAGUAGCAGCGGCACCUACACUGUGGUCUGCAUGGGUGGAGCUUGCAGGUCUAGCCAAUGAGUAUGAAGCACUAGACUCUUUCCAACUCCCGAAACAUUGGAUGAUGUAUUUCUUUGCGGCACAUGCUUUUGUUGAAUUGAAAUUAUCAGAGCAAGCUUUGGAAGCCUAUAUGGUAUUGGUUGCAGCAGGGUUUGAAAAAAGUACUUAUGUCACAGCUCAAAUGGCUAUUGCCCACCAUGAUAGAAGAGAUGUGGAUUCAUCACUGGCAUUGUUCCGCGAGUUGUAUCAAAAUGAUCCAUAUAGAUUAGACAACUGGGAUGUAUACUCUCAUCUUCUUUAUCUCAAAGAAAAGAGAAUGGAACUUGCAAACUUAGCUCAGAGAGCUGUAUCUAUAGAUAAAUACAGAGUUGAGACAUGCUGUGUUAUUGGGAACUAUUAUAGUUUAAGAAGUGAACAUCAGAAGGCUGUAAUAUAUUUCCAAAGGGCACUUUCAUUAGAUCCUCAGUAUCUAUCUGCAUGGAUCCUCAUGGGGCAUGAGUUUAUAGAACUACAAAAUUCUAAUGCUGCAAUACAGUGUUAUAGACAAGCAAUAGAUGUAAACAGGAAUGAUUAUCGUGCAUGGAAUGGCCUUGGACAAGCUUAUGAAAUCUUAGGACUCAAUGGUUACUGCAUAUAUUAUUAUUCAAGAGCUGCACAGCUAAAACCUGAUGACUCAAGAAUGUUGGUUUCCCUUGGAGAAGCAUAUGAGAAAAUGGAUAAAAUUCCUAAUGCACUCAAAUGUUACUAUAAAGCGCACAGCACUGGUGAUAUUGAAGGCAUGGCAUUGUUCAAACUAGCUAAGUUAUAUGAAAAGUCUAAUAUGCCUAACAGUGCUGCAGCUGCUUACACAGCUGCUUGUCAGGACCCUGCUAAUGCAGGCAGCAAAGAGUUACCUGCAGCACAGCGUUAUUUAGCACAGUACUAUCUUAGGUUUUCAUUGCUUGACCAUGCUGCUCAUUAUGCUUACAAAUGUUUAGAACAUGAAAGUACUAAAGAAGCUGGUAAAAAUAUUCUUAAAACAAUAUCAGAAAAACGAUCAUCUGCAACAACCUCACAACCAACAAAUUUACCUGAAGACUUACCCGAUGCCAUCAAGAAUGCGUCAGUGUCAUUAUCGCAUGAUAUUCCUAAAACGCCUUUACCGAGCCCUAACGUUACACCCGAUAACUUCUCCACACCUGUGUUCGCACGAAAAAGCAGUAAAUACAAAAUGUGACAAACAAUUGCUAAAAAAUGUAAAAUGUGAAUAGACUGACUGUAAUAAUUUAAGUAUAAUUUGAAUAAAUUAGAACUCGUUCAUGAGCUUAAUUUUGGUCUUCUAAUUAAUUAAAACAAUAUUGGUGGAGAUAAUGUGCUAUACUAACACACACAUAAUUUGGUUCAAAGAAAAAACAAGGUUUAUAAAAAAUAAUAGUGAUUAUUUUAUUUAUACAAAUUAACAGAUCUUAGUGCUCAAAUAGUAAAAAAACAACUAUAUUAUGAACUAAAUAAAUAGGUAAGUGCAUUGAUUAGAAAAAAAUUGUUCAAGUUAGCUCAUUGCAAAUAAAAAUAAAACUGAUUACAAUCACAGAUGAAGCACAUAAUUUGAGAGCUCAAUUUCUAACUGGCUGACUAUAACUAUGUUUGCAACUGAUUUCUUUGAAAACAUAGUAUUAUAAACAUUAACCCUGACUAAGAAAAUUAUUUUCAGUACAAUUUUUGUCAAGCAAAAUGUUAAAAUAUUAAAUAACAUUAAAAAUAACUUUUAUAUUUCAUGUGGUGAAAUUACAAAAAGUCAACAACUCAAUACUAAGUUAAAUGGUAGAUUCUAUAAGAAGUUCAUUGAUGAUUCAUUGAUUUAAAAUUACAAUAGUGAGCAAUUCAUACAUGGACAAUAAAUAUUUUUUCAGUUUUAUUACCAAAAUGUGGUCUCCAACUCAUUAAAUAUUCAAUAAUCUUACAUCUUACAUAUUUUAUCGUUAAAUUUUGUACCAUUCCAUACAAUUCCAAACUAUCAAAUAAGGCCAGUAACCUUUAUGACGUCUUUGAACGACGCAACUCGGCCCCUGGCUGACUCACUGAACAUAACUUACUCACACAAGGCACCUGAUUACAAAUACAUUCUAUGUUAGGUACCUGUGCCUUAAAUUUUGCAAUACUAAUAUUAAUGUACGUAAAUAGCUUCGUCAUUUACUGGUCAUAUCAAAUACAAUACUAUCUAAAUAAUUUAGGAUAAAGCUAAAACCAGAGUCUUUAUCAAUAUUUCAUAUUUAUACACAAUUUGUUCAUAUUUUACCAUUUCUAUUCAAAUAAUCGCAAUACUUUCAUUUCCUAAUUUGAGAUAACUAAUAAUUCAUUGUAAAUAUACAUAUAAAAAAUGUAAGGCAUGUUGAGGCACUCAAUUUUACAACCAUAACAAGCGUGCUGCAUGGUGUUAGCUAUGGACUGACAAUGCAUCAGAUACAAUAACACACUGGCUUUUGCAAUUACACAUUUUGUAAAAUUCAAUAAAUGAAAUCUGAUUACUCAGUGUAAUCACGCAGUGUUACUGUAUCUCCACUAUGACAUAACAUUAAUAAAUUAUUCAACUACUAUACAAUUGUUCAAUAACAUAUAAAUUUGUAGCUUGGUUUGUGCUUUUUGUUACGUAGUUUGUUCUUUGACAUCUCACUUAGUUCUUAUGUUUCGUGUUAAUCCAAAUCAGAGGAAUGGAUUCUUGGAAUUCAUAAAACCCCCAU